AUGUCCCUCCUGGACUAUUGGUACCCGAAGCGUCCGUCUGUGAAACGGAGAAAGACUACGGUGGACGAUUCUGCGCAAAGAGGCAUCCCAGGGCAGAAAGAAGAUGUUGCAGACCAGGAGAAUGACUGUGUCUCUGUGAGUCCGGUGGACGAAGCUUUGGAUACCCCAAUUCUGGCCCAGAUCGAUCAGGGCCCCACCGGCGUCGAUGAGUUUCCGUUUCCCAAUAGUCAGACAGAACUCGAAUCUUCACUCCCUGCGCUUCAGGGAGAUAGCGAAGCAAUCGAACAAUAUGAGAAUUCCAAUGCUGUAGAUACCAAUGUGGACGGUGAACCGGGUUUUCACGAGCGGUUGAACGGUGGUAAGUGGAGAAAAGGGAAGAGUUCCAUUUAUGUGGAUGCGUUCAAUCUGGCGCUGGAAACUGUGCUCGAUGAGGAAGGGCAUCUCUUCAAUAACGCGGAGAUGGAGGUCUUCAAUCAGUGGAAAGCACUCUCGUAUCAGUCUCAAUACCUGUACGUACGGCUCUUUCUACGCAAGACCUCUGCGUGGCAUCGCAUAAAUCGACUGGGAUAUCACUCCGAUAUCUCAGACCUGCCGCGUGUCGUAGAUGAUCUCCAACGUACCCGAAGUCUUCCUUCUGACUCGGUGCCUGCGGGUGAAAGCCCGGCAGGUGUCGAGUAUCUGGAUAGGCUGGGUCUUAGUGGUCAGUUUCGUUUUGCUAAUAAAAGUGAAGACAUCACAACCUUAGAAGAAGCGUCUUCGCUUUUACUCCUGGACGAAUUGAAGAACCUGGCGAAGGAGGCCAAGGUCCAAGGGAAGAGUAAAAAAGAGCUCCUGAAGGCGUUACAUCGCGCGAGUCAAAAGCAAACAGGUCUGGAUUGGAACAGUAAUGUACAGCCGGUCAAUAGAGACGCCCAUUUUGUACAGAAGAUUCUCGACUACACGGGUGAUUGCAUCAGACUUGCACCGGGGCCACGAGCCCUCUUCGAACGGGUACAUCUUGUAUUUUACAGGUCGACAGAAUGGACGGAGAAAUCCCUUUCCACUAUUAUUCUAGCAAAAAUAUCCCGCAAACGUUUCCCGAAGUACGUGGUCUGUCGCUCAAGUUCCAUCUUUCCGUCCAGAGAUGUCUUGUUAGAAUUCGAAUCUGCCUUGCGGACGCAGUUCCAGAUCGAUAAUAUUCUUGAGUUCAAUGGGACACCUACGAGGGAGAUGCUGGAGCAAGUGAAAGAUCUUGCUUUUAAAGUACAUCCUCGAUGGAGGUCCCUUCUCGAACAUGAGAGACACAAGGAAGAAACAAUUUACGAAUGCGGAGAGGGCGCAUAUCUCCGUCGUUUUUCACCCGCAUGGGUUUAUACCCGGAUCAUCCACAAGGGGCUUCAUCCGCUGGGGAGGUUCAAGGAGCAUAAGGCCGAACACAUGGUUCUUUCCGAGUUGCUCACGCAGCGGUUAUUCCAUACUGCCCGUCGGGGCGCAUGGUACCAGCGGAAAGCCCUUUUAGAGGAACAUUACAUGUGGGCAUUGACGCCAUUUGAUAGGCGUAGCGAGGAAGCGCAGAGAAAGCACUGGAAGCGUAUGGCCUUGCAGACCUGCGAGAAGGGCCUCGAAGACCCUGAGUGUCAUUUGACCUACCACUACGAUCUUCAGAAACGAAUAACUAAGCUUGAAAAAGCCCUCCGGGUGGUCAAAAGGGAGCAACAUGAAUUCAGUCAUGUCAGUCUCGUGAGGCCCGAAGAACGUACGAUCGAGGGUAUUCGUCUUGACCCAGAAGAUUCCCCAAAUCGCAAUGGAUCCACUUCUCAAGAAGAUGUGUCAUCCAAACGAGGCCGUCCAACGGUCUGGCUUGAUGAACGGAACGGCGGACAAUGCAGGGUUGAAAGCAUGUGUCUAAACUGGUAUCGUGAUAAUGGCUGGAAGGGAUAUCACUCCGAAGGAGGUAUCGUUCGAACCUUGUUUGGCUAUCUCUUCUACGACAUCCUCUUCACCUACGUCCCCAACGUAUUCCAAACCCCCUUCCAGACCUGCCCACUCGACCUCCACACCGACGCGUUCUAUCCAUCUCGAGCAUCCGAAAUCAACCAUCGCCUCGUAGAAAUCACCAACGGCGCAUCCGAGCGCAUCGUUCGUGCAAUUCACUCGCAGGAAUCAGAGAAACAGACCUGCGCUAUUGGAAUCGACUGGUCCUUUGAACUGGAAGAUCUGGUCGAGAUCGUGCAAUGUUUCCGCGGCGAAGCUUUGGCAACCAUCUGUAAAGUCCUGGCCCAGGAGUAUCAGCAGCGCGGGGGAGGCAUCCCCGAUCUCUUUCUGUGGCGUAUGGAUGCCAAAGAGGUCAUGUUUGCCGAGGUGAAAUCGCAGAAUGACCGGCUGAGUGAUACGCAACGAUUGUGGAUUCACGUUCUGGCAGGGGCAGGUGUCAGAGUGGAACUUUGUAAUGCCGUUGCGAGAGAGGUGAGAAGUGUACAUGAUUGA